UGGGGAUGUGGAUACUCCACGUGGAGGGAAGUGAUCUUGCUUUUAAAAGGCGUUGUGUUACAAAGAUUUGCCGAGUUUAUAAACUUUAAAAUUGAUUAAUUGACGGUUUUCUGAUUAUCAGUUGUCCGCCGUCCACCCGUCAAAACUUAAUAGACAGCGGUUUUGCUUUUACACGCAGCCGUCCGCAGCCGUGUAAUUGAUUCCACGUGGAUAGAUUUCAAGAUGGCGUCCCGAUUUUCCAUGUUACGAAAUUUGUCGUUUAGGAGAAAUCUGCGCCUUCUUUGCCAACAGAACCGACCAGUCGUCACAAAAGAACGUGCAGUAUGUUCGUGUAUUUCGAUCAAGGAUGCAAAUUUCAAGGAAUUUGUAAAACAAAAACAGAGUUUGCGAUGUUUGCGAACAACACCAGGUGUGAAUGCAGAAGUCCUGCCUUUCAAAUUGUCUGACAUUGGGGAAGGAAUUGCUGAAGUUACCAUUAAAGAAUGGUUUGUGAAGCCAGGUGAUCAUGUCAAUCAGUUUGACAGCAUUUGUGAAGUACAGAGUGACAAGGCAUCAGUAACAAUAACAAGCCGGUUUGAUGGUACCAUUAGAAAACUGUAUUAUGAAGUGGACGACAUUGCCAGAGUCGGCCUGCCUCUGGUGGACAUAGAAAUUGUUGCCCAUGCUGAUGCCAAUGCUGAUGUGGGACCAAGCCCUGCUGAAGAUGUCAUGGCUGCACAACAGAAGCCCAAACCAACACAUGCUAUUGAAGAACCGCUUCCACCCCCACCUCCCUCCCCUCAGUCAUCAACUCCCCAAACAACAGCCUCACCAUCCCCUCCUCAGCAGACCACAGAGAAGGUUCCCAGGAGUGGUGGUAAAGUGCUAGCAGCACCAGCAGUGCGCAAGAUUGCAAUGGAGCAUGAUAUUGCACUGGCUGAUGUUCCAGGAACUGGUAAAGAAGGAAGAAUCCUUAAAGAAGACAUCAUGCGUUACCUUGAAGAAAUGAAAACCAAAACCACCCUAGCCCCUACCCCCACAGUAGAAGCAUCAGCAGCUGCCCCUACUGUCCCACCCACCCCAAUCAGAAGACCGGAGGUGAUGCUCGAAGACAGAACAGAAUCAAUAACAGGAAUCAGGAAAGCUAUGGCUAAAGCUAUGACUGCAUCGCUUGCAAUUCCUCAUUUUGGCUACAAGGAUGAAAUAAUUCUAAAUGAGCUUGUUAGGCUGAGAAAUCGCAGUAAAGAAUCAUUUGUGUCCAGGGGGGUGAAGCUAUCUUUCAUGCCAAUGUUCAUCAAGGCGACAUCAAUGGCUCUGUUACAUUUUCCAAUAUUAAACAGUUCAGUGGAUCUAGACUGUGAGAACAUCACUUUUAAGGGCUCUCACAACAUUGGUGUUGCCAUGGAUACACAACAAGGUUUAUUAGUACCAAAUGUUAGAAAUGUACAAAACAAGUCAAUAUUUGAUAUUGCCAUGGAACUUAACAGACUUCAUCAGCAAGGACUCACUGGUAAAUUAACACCUGAUGAUCUGACAGGAGGGACUUUUACUUUAUCGAAUAUUGGAUCGAUUGGAGGAACAUAUGCCAAACCAGUGAUAAUGCCACCUGAAGUAGCCAUCGGUGCGAUUGGAAGAAUACAGGAAGUCCCAAAGUUUGAUGAGAAUGAUAAUGUAUACAAAGCACACAUAGUGAACAUCAGCUGGUCAGCAGAUCAUAGAGUUAUAGAAGGUGCAACAAUGGCAAGAUUCUCUAAUCUGUGGAAAUCAUACCUGGAGAACCCUGCAUCAAUGCUUAUGGACUUGAGAUAACAUUUUAUGCUGUAACUGGAAGUUACAGAAUUAUGUUUAGGAACAUUCAAAUUGUUUGAAAAAUCUAGUACAUCAUGGCAUCAACAAUUAAUCCGACCAAUGAUUUUUGACAUAUUGUUAGUUGUGCAUGUAACUUAAAGGAAAAUUUGAUCAAGAAUUGGAGGUGUGAAUACAACAAUUUGGCUGUAUUCCCGGAGUCUUGAUCUUCAAAAUUAUGACAUAAAAAUCCUAAGUCAAAUAUGGUCAAGUACGCAUUAUGUACAAAGGUUGGCUUAAGCAACAU